AACCCCAAUCAGAGAAAAUCCUUCGUAAUACUAUCGAUGCCAAAGAAAAUGAAGAAAUGAGUAAUCCUAUAUCAAUAGAAAAUGACCAAGCUGGUCUAAUUAAUGAAUUCAUCAAUAACACUAGCAAUGAAGCUUCC